AUGACUUAUAUCCAGGCGAAUUUCUGCAACUCAAUGGUGGACAUGGAUAUAUACUGGCUUCAGGUUUGCGCCGCACAUCUACCUGCUGACCAGUUUUUGGAUAUGUGCAUUGACAUGUUCGGCGUACGGGAAUGGCUGAGCAUGUUGCCCAUGUCACCAGCACAGGCGGCUGAACAAGACGCCAUGGUUGAGGGGCUUCUCACCUUCCUCGCAAUACUCGUCUCCUCGCGAACUAACCUCAGUAACGACGAGCUGACCCAGUCCCGGUUAGAGGUGAGCACGCUCCUGGCUGCGGGCGACAAGACCCACUCCCAGCUACUAGAGCUCAUGCCCGAGAGGUCGGGAAACGCGCACACUAGGAACUUCGAAACUGUACUCAAAGAGUUGUCGACAUACCGUCCACCUCCGAAGGGCUCUGAAAAUCUGGAGCAGGGUCUGUUCGUACCUCAGCCAAUAGUGUGGGAGCAGUACUACGAUCCCCUCCAUGUGUUGCGACGCGCCGUCCAUAGGAGGGACUUCCACGCUUCCAUGGAACGUUUCACCACAUACGUUCGCGAGAAGCAAAAAGCGGGUGGAGCUCCGGAGAGCGGAGCGGGAGUCCUGUGGCCGCCGCUGCGCGCGGCCGUGGGCGGCGGCGGGUCUCUGGGCGACCCGCGCGCGCUGUGCCUGUCGGGCGUGCUGCACGGCGCGCUGCUGGGCGUGCUGCACCGCGGCGUGCACCGGCGCGCGCCCGACGCGCCCGCGCCGCACGCGCCGCCCGACCACGUGCUCGCGCUCGCCGUCUACCUGCUGCACGUGGCCGCCGACCUGCACGCCGAGCGCGCCGAGCGCCACGCGGUGCGUACUCGCCGAGACACGCUCGUCGUCGCCCGGUCUACCUUAUGUUUAUUUUUAAAUGAUCGUCGCCAGAACGACGUGAUGGUGCCCGAGACGGGAGGCGGGCGCAACGCGGUGAGCGGCGUGCCUCUGCUGGGAGCCUUCGCGGGGGCCGCCGUCUGUGACAACGCGCGCACCGUCGUCACCAGCGUGCCGGCCGCGCCGCGCCACCACAAGCAGCACGCCUACCCCGCCCAGUACCACCACCAUCACCACUCUGACAGCGACACGGAAUGGGAGCCAUCAGAAUGUGAAGCCACCAGGAUACCACUGCUAACCACCUCUGCUUCACUACCAGCCACUAGUUCUGCCCUCGCCGUGCCACAGCCCUUAGAGGUGGCGCGGGGCGACUCGAUGGUGGACGACACGUCCGACGGCGGGGGCGACGCGCCGCGCAUACGAGCUUUGGAGUCUAUAGACGACAUACGCCAGAAUGAUAGACAACAAUUAGCUUUGCCAGCGUUUGACUCUGACAUGAGCCUUGCUUUGGCUGCCACACCUGAAGACCUGGACACUCCCCCCGUGCCCAUAGAUUAUGAUAUGGAUGGUGGUGAAUGGAUGCUGAGUCUGCGAGGCACGCCACCAGCCCUGCCCGCUCCUGAGGAACAAGGGUCUACCACACAACCGCAGCCCUCCACCAGCAAUCAGCUGCAGCUACACACACAAUCAGAAGAGUCAGUACCAGUGAAUGAAUCAAUAAUAUCCUUGUUACUCAAGUUACACUCACAACUGUCCGGCAGACUGGAUUCGUUUUCCUUAGACGAGCCAGCACCGGAGACGCAGGAACCCAUCGGCGACGGGCCGUUCUUCAUCGGGCGCGUGCUGCGCAAGCUGGCGGCGCUGGACUCGCGCUGCGCCGCGGCCAUCGCGCACGUGCGCCACUCGCUGUGGCCGCACCAGCGCGAGCGCCAGGCCGAGCAGCGCGCCAGAGAACGAAGAGAGAAAGAAGAGCGGUCACGUCGAGCUCGUGACCGCCAGCAACAACUGAUGCGAGAGUUCGCGCGGCGACAACAGCAGUUCAUGUCGGCUUUGCAGAACAUGGAGGGGACCGACGCGGCCACCAUGGAGUGGGAGGAGGAGGUGGCGGUCGAGAAGGACUACGACUGCGUUAUAUGUAACACCACCACGCCUACCACGGCCGCCGACCCCAUUGGACUUGUUGUGUUAUUACAGUCGACGUCGGUGCUGGGCCACCGGCGGCGCGCGGGCUGCGGGGACGCGCGGCUGGCGCUGAGCGAGGCGGAGCGCGCGCGGCUCCAGGCGCAGCACGACACCACGGCCGCCGCGCACCACUACCGCCUGCACGACGACCUGCACCAGCACUUCGACCAGGAGUCGUGGCUGGUGAGCGUGAGCGUGGGCUGGGAGGGCGGCGUGCACGUGGCGUCGUGCGGGCACCACCUGCACCUGCGCUGCCUGCACGCGUACCUGCGCGCGCUGGCGGCGCCGCAGCGGCCGCACAACCUGCACGUGGAGCGCGGCGAGUUCCUGUGCCCCGUGUGCCGCCAGCUCGCCAACUGCGUGCUGCCGCUGGCCCCGCGCGCGCCGCCCGAGCCCCGCGCGCCCCGCACCUUCGCGCAGAGCGCCCAGCGCGUGGCCGACCUGCUGGAGCGCGACCACCCGCCGCCCGCACCUAGUCGAUUGUCAGAAGCAAUGGGCAAAGCCAUGGAAGAUAUGACAGCUACGGCCGGAGGUAAACUGAAGCAGAGGUACGGGUCAUCGCCCGCCGCUAUUUUCACGUUCGUAGCAUCACUUGUGCGAACGAACUUGGAGUGUGAGCUGGUGCAGAGGGGGGGAACCUUACAGACUUGUGUCGCGCCGCGGUACAAACCCAGAAACGAAUGUAUAGUGCCGCUGCUGGUGGUGGCGGGCGCGCACACGCGCGUGCUGAGCAGCGCGGGCGCGGGCUUCGGCGCGCUGGAGGCGUGGCGCGCGCUCGUGCCGCCGGCCGGCGAGGGGGGCGCGGGGCUGGCGGGCGCCGCCGUGCCGUCCGCCGCCGCCGCGCAGCGCCCCGUGCCGCUGCUGCUGCGCGACCCGCUGGCGCUGCUCAUGCAGCUGCUGCUGCUGGCGCCGCCCACGCCGCCCUACAUCGACAUGCAAGAAUUUACGUGCAUAGUCCGCGCCCUGUACUCCCUAAGCUACUACCAAGUGGUGUGCCAGUUCAUAGCGAGCGGCAGUGCGGAGUUCCGCGCGGCGCUCCUGGGCCCGGCCCGACCUGGUGAGCCGGCCGGGCUCAGGUCCGCCGCCAAGCUCUUGCUGGCCGCUCUGGCAGGAUCUGACCUGUUCACGGAGGAUGGACCUCCGACGCAACCCGCCCCACAUGACAAGGCGACACCGGAUCUAGUCGUAAUGGAGAAAGAGCUACAAGAGCUCCUCCUGCCUUUCCUACGUAUCGCUGCCCUUCUCCGACAUCAUUUAUAUGGUAACGAACUCCCCGAAGUGUCCACUCCUCGACAAGAGUUCGUCCGCCUGGCGUACUACCUGGAGCUGGUGACGGAUGGCAUGGAGUGGAGCGAGUGGUCGGCGGGCAGGGCUCUGCCGCCGGACUCCGCUAUCGCCGCCAGGGCUUGGGCCAGACAGUUGGGGACGGCUGCCGCCAGGGGUCAACUUGCUGUGCGGCGGCUGCUGCGGUCGAUGGCGGUGGAGUGGGUCGGGCCGGCGCUGCUGGCGCUGCCGCGCGACUACGACCGGCUGUUCACGUACUACCACGAGCGCGUGUGCCUGCAGUGCGGGGCCGUGCCCAAGGAGGCGUCCGUGUGUCUGCUGUGCGGCACCCUCGUGUGUCUCAAGCAGCCCUGCUGUCGACAGCACCAGGUCGCCGAGGCCGUGCAGCACGCGAUGGAGUGCGGCGGUGGCACUGGGAUAUUCCUGGUGGUGACGUCGACGUACAUCAUCGUGAUCCGGGGGCGACGCGCGUGCCUGUGGGGCUCGCUCUACCUCGACGACUACGACGAGGAGGACCGCGACCUCAAACGCGGCAAGCCUCUAUACCUCUCCCAAGAUAGACUGGAACUUCUGCAGGCGCAGUGGCUGUCGCACAGGUUCGACCACACCAAGCGUACGUGGGUGUGGCACCGCGACUCGCUCUGA